CCCCGCGGCUCUUCGGCUCAGAAAUCGAGAUGAGCACCACGUCCCAGAAUCGGACACAACUGGACUUGAUAAACCUUUUACCUUGACUGAAAUGAGUUAAAUUAGCCUCCCUGUAUAAAACGGUACCUAAAUUUCCUACUCGGACAGAUGCAGAAGCAUUCUCUCCUGACGUUUCGCCCACACCUAUGGGCAGCCACCCUCAGAGGUUUCAGGAGGUAAAUUAGCCUCCCUGUAUAAAACGGUACCUAAAUUUCCUACUCGGACAGAUGCAGAAGCAUUCUCUCCUGACGUUUCCACAGGUAUAUAAACCCUACUUGCCUAGUUUCCAACAGACCUCACAACCUCUGAGGAUGCCUGCCAUGGGUGUGGGUGAAACAUCAGGAGAGAAUGCUUCUGGAACAUGGCCAGACAGCCCAGAAAACUCACAGCAAUGAGUGGUUCCAUCUUCGACAACACAACUACAAACCUCACAACCUCUGAGGAUGCCUGCCAUGGGUGUGGGUGAAACGUCAGGAGAGAAUGCUUCUGGAACAUGGCCAGCCAGCCCGGAAAAGCAACCGACUGGUGCUUUACCAAAUUACAAAUCCCAGGACUGCAUAGCACUGAGGCAUGGCAGCUAAAGUAGAGUCAAGCUGCAUUGAUGCUACUGUGCUUGUCUGUUUGAGGCAAGUUUGAAUCUUGCUGGUUUGCUUGUUGAUGGGAGGAACUGGUUUUGGUUUGCCUCACCACAAAGCCAGUUUUCGGCAUGUUUUCCUGGUUCAACGGUUCAGCUUUUUUGCAAGUCAACACAGCUGCAGCUGGGGCAAGAAAUGUCCAAAAGCUUCCUGCUCAAGACAAGAAACGUGUGUUUCUCAGAGAGUUCUAGAGGCCUUGGUUUCAUAAGUAGCUUCAGAAUUGUGUCUUGAAACAGCUCAUUUCCAUUAACCAAGAAGUAGUUUCCACCCCAAAAGGUUUCACACCUGAUGCUACGUUGCUGCAACAAUGGACCUUAGGUGUUGCCCAUAAAGACCUCCAGAAACUCAUUCUUCCAACUGAUGUUGGGCUUCUUCACCAGAUGCCAUGGGCCUUUCGGAGACCUUGUUGGUCACCUUGGUUUGUUGGGCAACAUCUCAGGUGGCUUCCUACGACCCUUGGGAUUAUGCCCAAAGGAGCCCGGUGGCUUGGAGGUCUUUGGAAAGCGGUCCUUCUGUGGGGCAGAACUACCCAUGGAGUUGGGUGGACGCCUCCCAGCCGAGGGUCUUGUCCCCCUUGACCCCGGUCAGCGCCAAGUGUGGGGAGGCUCAGGUGGAGGUGGCCGUCAAGAGGGACCUCUUUGGCACCGGGAGGCUCGUCCAAGCCACCGACCUGACGUUGGGCUCGCCUGGGUGCCCACCCACCUCCUUUGAUGCCUCCCAGGACACGGUCAUCUUUGACGUUGGGCUUCACGAAUGCGGCAGCACUUUGCAGAUGACUCCGGACUCCUUGGUCUACAGCAUCAGCCUUUACUACAACCCAACUCCUGCUGCCAACGCCCUCAUUGUGAGAAGCAGCCCAGCCGAAGUCCCGAUCGAGUGUCACUAUCCAAGGCGAAACAACGUCAGCAGCAAAGCCGUGCAGCCAACCUGGGUGCCCUUCAGCUCCACGCUUUCUGCAGAACAGAAGAUGAGCUUCUCCUUGCGCUUGAUGAACGACGACUGGACCACAGAGCGAGCUUCCAGCGGUUUCCAACUCGGAGACGUCAUGCACAUCCAGGCUGACGUGGAUACGGAGAACCACGUCCCCUUGAGGCUCUUUCUGGAUAGCUGCAUGGCCACCCUGAGCCCAGGCGUGGAUUCCACCCCAAAAUAUCCCAUCGUUGACUACAAGGGCUGCCUUGUUGAUGGGAGGUCGGAUUCCAGCUCGGCUUUUGUGUCCCCAAGACUUAAAGACAACUCGCUCCAGUUCACAGUAGAUGUCUUCAGGUUCACCGAAGAUCCCAGAGAUCUGAUCUAUAUAACGUGCCACUUGAAAGUUACUGCAGCUGACCAGGCUCCCGAUUUGGAGAACAAGGCUUGCUCCUUCAACCAAGCUAGUAAUACUUGGGUUCCAGUUGAAGGCACCAGGGACAUCUGCACUUGCUGUGAAAGCGGGAACUGUGACCAAUUCCAAGGCCAGCCAAGGCGGAUCAACCCCUGGGAGAGAUGGGGCCGAGGGAGGAGGUCGGCCAGAGCUUCAGCUGCCAAGCAAGGUAUGCUGAAGGAGGUGGAGACGGACGUGAUGUUGGGCCCGAUCCUGAUCUUGGAUGCCUACCUGACCUCCAGGACCUUUGCUGGACGUCAAAGCGAAGCAACGGGAUCCUCGGCAGAAUAUGAUAUGGUUCACACUCCUGGCAUGUUGGUGGGAUUCGUCUUGAUGGCCGUGGCCACCAUCCUGGCUCUCGCCACGGUCGGGAUGCUCUGCGCUCGGAAGAGGCGAUCCGGGACGUCUUGAGAAGCUAUGUGAAAUAGACAUCUUGGAGACUGCAAAAUAAAGAAUAAUAAUAAAUUAAAUAAAUGAAUACAA